AGCGUCCUGCACGAGAGAGUCGCUGUUCACAGACCGAGCCGUCAUCAGAUCAGAUCCGCCUCCGGUCCCGACGCCAGGCGGCCGGACCUGCCGCUCUGUGCGCACCGCUGGAUUAAAACACGCAAUCUGUACUUAUAUUUGGAGUGAUUUUCUUUUAACAUUUUACAGGAACUUUACGCAGGAAAACCACCGGGUUACACCUGCGUGCAUGCUCUGUUGGCCGACUCUAAAAACCACUUCGUAUUCUCUCCUAGACCCCAACUUGUUGAUGGGGGCGCCGAGGGGCUCUCCCUCAAUUCUUACGCGUAAUCUGGGUCUAACUCUGUUCGACGGUGGAAGUUUCGAGCAGCGCGGUUUCCUGACAGAUGGCUGCGAUGGGAGGUGAUCGGUAACAGCCCUCGGCAUCGGAUUACACAGUCAGGCUGCUGCCAGGUAAAGCAGCAGGAUGGGAAACCAGAUGGACAGGCUGUCACAUCUAAGUUAUGCAGAAGUUCCGACGGUGGACCCGAACGGCGUGGACACGGACGACGGUCCGCGGAUCGGAGUGUCUUACAUCUUCUCAAGCGACGACGACGAGCUGGAGGACGGAUGCGUGGUGGAUGGCGGAGAAAAGCGCGCAAACGAGGAAGAGAAAAACUAUGAUCCGCGCGACGAGGUGGAGUGCGCUGUCUACAACAGAGAGGAGUGCAUCUACGAGAAGAGCGCGAAGUGCGCAAACCUGGAGGUCUACUCCCCGGAGAACCUGCUCAACAAGUGCAAGGCGGGGGACCUGGUGGAGUUUGUGGCCACGGGUCAGUACCCGCACUGGGCCGUGUGUGUCGGGGACUUCCAGGUGGUGCACCUGCACAGAGCCGAGGUUAAAAACAGCUUUCUGACCGACGCCAGCCAAGGGAGGAGGUGUCGGAUCGUGAACGACUGGUACAAACUGAAGCCCCUGUGCGCAGACGUGGUGGUGCAGAACGCGAUGGAGCAGGUGGGGCUGAAGGACCGGGAGCUGAGCUGGAGGAACUCGGAGAGCUUCGCCGGUUGGUGCAGGUUCGGCAAGAGGGAGUUCAAGAUGGGCGGGGAGAUCCGGAUCGGCAAGCAGCCCUACAGGCUGAAGGUGUUCGUGUCGGACAAACAAUCCCACGUGUUGGAGUUUCAGAGCUUGGAGGACGUGAUCAUGGAGAAGCGGAGGAACGACCACCUGGGCAGGACAGCCGUGCUGCGGGAGCUGGCGGCGCAUUUCAGAGGCGUGGAGGAGAUGAAAAGUGAGAUGGGAGCGGAAUGAUGUCAGUUCCUCUCUACAUAUCUGUUACACUGAUCUCCUGAAUCCGUAGCAAUCCUCAUUAAUUUUUCAGGCAAAAACAAAACAAAACAAAAACAAAAAAACAUUCACACCCCUGAAGUUUUACACACUUUGUCACAUUGCAGCUAAAAACCUGAAUGCGAUUUGGGGACCAACUCAAAGGAGCACAUAGUUGUGAAGUAGAAGGAAAAUCAUGCAUAGUUUUAAAAUUUUAAACCCAAAAUAUCAGAAAUUAAAGACAUUCAUUUAGCCUGGUUAGGUCCCCUAUACAUAGAGUUCGAAAUUAUUCCAGAAAUUAACUUUUUGACCUGGACGCAAAAGGUUAAAUCUAACUGGACAUACCUCUGAACACCAUACCCACUGUCAAACAUGGUAGUGGCAGCAUCAUGCUGUUUAGAUUUAGCAGGUAGAAGGAUUUGGUCACGGUUAAUGAGGAGCUGAAUGGCGGUCAAUGCAGGACAUUCAAAGCACAGAGAUGUUUUAGAAUGGCCCAGUCAAAGUCAAGACCUAAAGCUAACUAGAAUUAUGUGGCAAGACUUGAAAAUUGAUGCUCUUGGAUCUUCUCCAUCGAAUAUGACUGAGGUUGAGCUAUUUGGCUUAAAUAAGAACAGUUAUCAGAGACGUAACUAGGAUUUUGCAGUAAAUCAUUUAUUCAACGGAUUGAAUCACUUGGGAAUACCACCAUUCACUUUCCACUUCACAGUUGGACUUGUUUGUGUUGGUCUAUUUUAAAAUAAUCAAGCAAAUUGAAGUCAGUGGUUGUAAACUUCCUGCAUUUGAAAAUGUUUAAGAGGUCUACAUUUGUUUGCAAGGCCCUGUAAGAAUAACUUCAGCAUUUAAGCAUUUAAUUGACACAUGGACAUACUUUUGGUCCGUGUUUUUAUUUGUUUUUUUUUUUUAAGUUUAUAAUUUAACUGCCUUAAAGCCUCAAUCAUUUCACAACUCAACUUUGACAAAUGAAAAUGACUGAAUCAGCUGUUUAUUUUUGCUACUAAAUGCUCUCCACUCGUAGAAUGUAGUUUUUAUAAACGCUUUACAAAUCCAUCCCAAAGUGUCUGGAAGCAGGAUGAACACAUUCCUUCUAUUUAUAGAUUGUCUCAUUACUUGAUCCGGUUGAGAUUUAAAUUUCAUGUCUCAGCUCUCUCAAGACUGCUGUGGAUUUUAUUUUUUAUUUCUUUCCAGCCUUUUUGGGUGAGUCCAACCCAGCAGACACAUGUGGAGGAAAUGUUGUGGAGCAUUGUCUGUUGAACUGAUCAAAGUCUGUGUUAACUGUUCCCAAAGUUUGAGUAAAUCAUGAGUCACUCUAUCUCA